GUCAAAACGGCAAUCAUGAAGAGCCUGGAAAAGCAGCAUUCCCAGAUCACCUUUGAAGAGGCCGUCGAGGCCACGUUCCGCACCUUCGAUGCCGAGGGCACGGGACACCUCACCGCGAAGCAGCUCCAGGCCUCGAUGAGGAGUAUCGGCCUGACGUUGUCGGAUACGGCAGUGGAGGACAUGAUCAAGGAGGCAGAUCAACAACAGCAGGGCUUCGUGGACUACCCGGACUUUGUGACCAUCUGCCGCAUCUGCGGCAUGGGACCUGUGAAGGCAGCCAAG